AUGUCGGAGAAUAGCUUCAACUCAAAGUAUUUGGACGAUGACGAUGAGGACGAAGCGAUUGCUGCCUCUGAGGGCAAAGUUUCGAGCCAGGUGGCCAAGCGCAUCUGGCAGCCAACCAUCGAUGAUACUACCCCUGGGGUCUGGGAGCCGCCCGCUCUAGCGGUGAGCGGGACCGCCUCGGACUUUAUACACGAAGUGAUGCGCUCUCUCUACGGCGACAACAGCAAGGAUCCGGAGAACGGCUCCGCCCAGUACUUCAAGGCGGCCGAGAAUUAUGCGCUGUUUGGCGCCAACUACAUGGGCUUGGAGGAGGACAAGAACAAAAAACCGCCGCCGGGCUUCGACCAAAGCUCCAGUCAGAUUGCGGCUGGAUCGGCCGGAGUAUCCGGCCAAAGCUACUCGGGGGGACCCUCUUCAUCCGGAAUGGGCGGCAUGGCAAUGUCCCAGCAGCCGCAGCACAAGGCCACGAAUCAGCCAGGACCUGCAGCGCUGCUUCCACAGCAGCAGCAGCAUCCGCGUCAUCCUUCGCCAGCGACAGUGCCCAGGGUCAUAGCCGAGGCAGCAGCUCUGGCUGGAGCUGGGGCUGGCAUAGACAUUGGCCUGCACGCCCAUGGACAUCUGCCCAAAUACUGA